GAUGCCCGAAAAGCAAUAGGGAGCAGUUCCAGGAUAUUACCAGGGCGAGACAACUCACUAUUCGGGGCUGAAAAAUAGGAUAAGACUGUUAAGCUGUACCUCAAUUUCUGUUAUCCAUCCACUUACUGUUUGAGUGCCGCGCAUACGUGUACAUGAAUAGUGCCAUGACAACUGCUAUUGCAUAUUAAUUCUGUCAUCGCAAGUGUAAUUAUUGCAUCUUAAGGGAGGAAGAUAAUGGCAGCAUCAAGGACAUCAGGGCUUGAGUUUGACCCUGUCUGGCCAGACUCUGCUGACUGUCUCACCCUGGACUUUGGGCCAUUCGAGACAGUACAUCGAUGGCGCAGAAUGCCAGAGCUCUACAAGUUUGUUGGUGACAGACGGAGCAAGCACACAGUGGUGGCCUACAAGGACGGCAUCUACGUGUUCGGCGGCGACAAUGGGCGCACCAUGCUCAACGAUCUGCUGCGUUUUGACGUAAAAGAAAAGUCGUGGGCCAAGUGCGCGUCCAACGGCACGCCCCCUGCGUGUCGGUAUCACCACUCAGCCGUGCUAUUCGGCUCUUCGAUGAUAAUCUUCGGAGGCUACACGGGCGAUAUACACUCCAACUCAAACCUUAGGAACCGAAACGAUCUGUACGAAUACAAGUUCUCCACGGAACAAUGGGUGGAGUGGAAGUUCCAUGGCAGGGCCCCGGUGGCGCGGUCGGCUCACGGCGCGGCCGUUUACGACAACAAACUGUGGAUCUUCGCCGGGUACGACGGCAACGCCAGACUCGACGACAUGUGGACCAUGUCGCUGACGGGCGACACGCACGUAUGGGAGGAGAUCCAGCAGAAGGGCGAGUGCCCGCCCACCUGUUGCAACUUCCCGAUGGCCGUAGCGCGCGACUCCAUGUUCGUCUUCAGCGGGCACUCAGGCGCCAGGAUCACCAACUCGCUCUUUCAGUUUAACCUCAUCGACCAGGUUUGGAGCCGUAUCUCGACGGACCACAUCCUGCGUGGGGCGCCACCGGCGCCGACGCGUCGUUAUGGCCACACCAUGGUGGCGUACGACCGGCACCUGUACGUGCUGGGCGGCGCCGCCGACUCCACGCUACCCAACGACCUGCACUGUUUCGACCUGGACACACAGACGUGGUCGACGGUGGUGCCGUCUGCCGACUCGCAGCUGCCUUCGGGGCGGCUCUUCCACGCGGCGGCCGUCGUGCACGACGCCAUGUACAUCUUCGGCGGGACGGUGGACAACAACGUGCGCAGCGGCGAGAUGUACCGCUUCCAGUUCUCGGCCUACCCGAAAUGCACGCUGCAUGACGACUUCGGCAAACUUCUGGAGUCGCGCCAGCUGUGCGACGUCGAGUUCAUCGUGGGCCCGCAGGAGGCGCGCGUGCCGGCGCACGUGGCAAUGGUGGCGGCGCGCGCUCACCACCUGCGCGCCAAGGUGCGCCAGGCGGCCGAAGCACGCGCCCGCCACCUGGAGCAGGUGUUCGGUCCGGCCACCAUCCCGUACCGGGACACGCCGCUGUUGGAGGUGCGACUGCCGGAUGCGGCGCCAGAGCCGUUUCAGCUGGUGCUAGACUACAUCUAUACGGACCAGAUCGACCCGACCAAGCGCACGCAGGGCGACCGGGCCAGCGCCCGCAUCGUGCCAACCAUGAUGGACGUGUACCGGCUGGCGCUGCAGUUCGACAUGUGUCGACUGGAGCAGCUCUGCGUCCAGUACCUGGAAGCAGCCAUCAAUCAGCGGAAUGUGCUGGUGGCGCUGGAGAACGCCAGCGCUCUCCAGCUCAACUACAUCAAGGAGUUCUGCCUCAGGUUUAUCGUGAAGGAGAGCAACUACACGGAGAUCGUGAUGAGCGGCGCUUUCGAGACGCUGUCCCAGACGCUGAUGGUGGAGAUCGUGCGCCGGCGCCAGGUGCCCGUGGUCCGGCCCCUGGCCGAUCCUCAGUUCGACACCUCCGGCAAAUGCGCCACCCUGCUGCAGGACAUGGAGACGUUCCUGCGUACGUCUGGCGCUGAGUUCUGCGACCUCACGCUGCAGUUGGACGGCCAGGCCAUCUCGGCGCACAAGCCCAUCCUGGCGGCGCGCUGCUCCUACUUCGAGGCCAUGUUUCGCUCGUUCAUGCCCGAGGACGGCAGCGUCCAGAUUUGUAUCGGGGACUGCGUGCCGUCGCGCCAGGCGUUCGACUCGCUGCUGCGCUAUAUCUACUACGGCGAGACGAGCAUGCCGCCCGAGGACGCUCUCUAUCUCUUCUCGGCGCCCUGCUUCUACGGCUUCACCAACAACCGGCUACAGGCCUUCUGCAAGCAAAACCUGGAGAUGAACGUGACGUCCGACAACGUGAUCCAGAUCCUCGAGGCCGCUGAUCGCAUCCAGGCGCUAGACAUGAAGAAAUACGCGCUCAAUCUGAUCGUGCAGCGCUUCAACAAGGUGGCGCGGCUGCCGCGAAUGCGCGCGCUCAGCCGGGAGCUGCUGCUGGAGAUUCUGGACGCUCUAGCCGAGGAGAUGCCGGAAGGCCGGCUUUGCCAAGAUCUGUCGGGUGCCAGUAUCUCAAGCGACGGCUAGAUGGGUGCCACGAGAGAGCGCCGCUGGCGCCUAUGGCGGACCUGCCGGGGACCAGCGUUACCGAUCGUGAGCACCAGAGGCUCUCCCACCGCGCCACCAGCGCCCUCAGCCAGCAGGUAUUCAGAUGGCGAGCGUCGCCAGUAAUCGGGUGGGACCUGCCCCCAGCGUCAGAUUAUGGGCCGCCGCCGGCCGAGCACCGUCCGCCGGCUGCUGCGCCAACAGCCUCAGGAGGAGAGAGGGUGCCGGCGCCGUUACCGUGUGUGCCCGCGCCGCCGGGUGGAGGAGGGCGAAACCAUGCGACAGCCGCCGCGUCCACACUGAAUGCCAGUAAUGAUUGUGUUUCAUCGUGCUGCUUCAGUAUGCUGUGUUGCCAUGUGGCCAGUGCGACGAAUCGUUGUGUAAUCAAAUACUGCGUGCCAAUCGUGGCAAUUGGGAUGCUGGCGAGGAGCUGUUCUUGUCACGCAUUUCGAUUGCUGUAUUACUCGCCGAACGGCUGUGAGAGUCAAACUCAUGCUCUCGCAUGUCAGCUGUGGUAGGAUACCAAAGUCAUAUGAUGUUGGGUUUAAACCAAGAACCAUGCCGACGUGGGGACGGUGUGGAUCUAGUUGAGAUAUGUGAUUUUGACUGAUACACUGGUUAAAUGAGGUUAUGGACUGGGCUAGGCUGGGCAAACCAGUAUAGUGUUGGUGCUUUACGAUAAAAUUGCUUGAAAGAAAAUGACAGUGAAGCAGAGAAUGUUAUGUUCAUAGAUAUUUGAUAUAAGUGCUAAAAGGUACCGUUUUCACCAGGCCGACAUUCAAAAUUGCACGCAUCGUUUGUGAAACUCGAGAUCAACUUUAGUGACGAACAGACGUUUUUGGCCACCACCAUGGCUAGCGUUACAAGCGGCAAGAAUGGAAAGAAACGUGAUCGAGCUAAAUGUCAAAGACGUCAUGUACGCAGCAACUGUUGGCGUGAAUUGUUUAAAGCAAAAUGUUGUGACAGGACGCAUUGCUUGCUGGACGUAGCCCCUGUAAAGUUUUUAUAAUCACACAUCCCUACGUUGUUUGGAUAUCACUUCAAGCACGCUCUGGAGGACCUGCUAAACAAGCACGCCGUGAAAACAAGUCGGAAUUGUUCUUCCCUGCCGUCUUGGCUUUCAGUGACGUCAAUGGUAGGUUGAAUGUACGGUAAAUCGGGGAAAUGCUCGUUCUCGGCCGACAGUGAAUUCGCUGUUGUCGCUAGGUCAAGGCGUCGGAAAUAGCCCGGAACUAUGCGCACAAGGAAGAAAUGCAAGGUCUGGUCAAGGCAAGGAUCUGACUUGCCGAAACGGGCAACGUGCAGAGGUUCCCCCAUUGAAGUCGACGGGUAUAGUGAAUGGUUGCGGUGAUAUGUAGGGGUCAGGCCACCAAUCAUCUAGUCCCGCUUACGUAAGUGGGCAUUGUUAUUCAAUGUCAUGGUAAUACGUUGUUGUAAGAUUUAGCAAUGUGAUUGAUUGCCCCUCCCCCUCCCGGCCCAUCCCGGCUCCUCUGCGCCUAUCCUGUUAUCUUGCUUUCUUUUGUAGCUAUAAUCGAUGACUGUCGCAAGGCUCCUGCUGAUCUCGUAUGUGAUAUUUUAUUUUUAUUUCGGGCUUAAGUGUUCAAUGUUUUUUUGGGAUCAGAAUAUCAGCCAAUGACUGGCUUGAAUGCCGUCAUAUUUUCAUAUGCCGCAGACGCCUACUCUGCUCUGUCGUGUCGUGUAAAUGUUAUGAUGUACGUGCAAAUAUAUCUAUAGUUCGUUG